AUGACCAAUGGUUAUAAUACAACAUCAACAAAAAGUCGUUCAUUUGAAAAUAAUCUUGAUUUAUGUGGUCAAAAAAUAUCUGAUGAAUUAACUAUAUCAUCAUCAUCAUUAAUUGAUUUACCUACAUCAUCAUCAACAAUAAGUCAUACUGAUUAUGAUAAUCUUCCUAUUGUUGAUAAUGAAAAUGAAAUUAAUGAAGAAAAACUAAUAAUACAUCAAACUAUAACACGAUUAUCUACACAAAUACAAUCACCUAUAUCAAGUGAACUUGAUCAAAAAAUAAAAGAUGAAAUUGAUGCUAGACUUAAAGAUAUUGAUGAUGAAUUUGAUUUUAAAUUACCAGUUACGGCAGAAACAGUUAAUAAAUCUGUUGAUCUUCCAUCAGCACAAAGAUUAGCUAAACGACUUUAUGCAUUAGAUGGUUUCAAGUCAAUUGAUGUUGUCAGACAUUUAUGUAAAAGGAAUGAUUUUAAUCAAUUAGUAGCUGAAGAAUAUGUAAAAUUAUUUAAUUUUCAAGGUGAUACACUUGAUCGUGCAUUAAGAAAAUUUGUUAAACAAUUUACUAUUAUUGGUGAAGCACAAGAUCGUGAACGUGUUUUACAUUUUUUUGCUGCACGAUAUCUUGAUUGUAAUCCAACAACAUUUAGUUCAGUCGACGCUUGUCAUAUGCUUACUUGUGCAAUAAUGUUGCUUAAUACAGAUCUUCAUGAUCGAAAAAUUACAAAUAAAAUGACAUUUCAACAGUUUAGUGAUAAUUUACAUGAAUUAAAUGAUGGAAAAGAUUUUUCGAAAGAUUUACUUAAAUCAUUAUAUAAUGCAAUUAAAAAUGAACAACUUAUGAAUGAAACAACUCUUGACUCAGACGAUUAUAAUGAUGUACGAUUAGAUGACCAUGGAACAUUACAAGGUUAUAGCAACAUUGUAAAUCCAUUUUUAGAAAUUUCUGAUACCAAUAAAAGUAUUGAACACAUGCAAGGUUAUCUUAUGCGUAAAUGUUGUGUGGAGUCUGAUGGAAAACGAACUCCAUUUUUACGUCGCGGUUGGAAAGCCUAUUAUGCUAAUUUACGUGAUAUGGUUCUGUAUUUACAUAAAAAUGAUCAACAACCAACUACAAUAUUAAUUAGUGAUACAAAUGCUAUACGUUUACAUCAUGCAUUUGCUCAAGAGGCUCUUGAUUAUCGUAAAAGACAACAUGUUUUUCGUUUAAAAACAUCUGAUUGGGCAGAAUAUUUAUUUCAAACAACUGAUCAUGAUUUGAUGAUUAAAUGGAUUGAUGCAAUUAAUUUAGUAGCAGCAUCAUUUUCUUCUCCACCAUUACCUGCAGCUAUUGAUUCUGUAUCAUUACAUUUUCAACGACCACUUUUACCAAGUGUACAAACACGUUAUUCAGUUUUUGAACAAUAUGAAUUUAUUAUUCAUCAAAUAAAUGAUAUAACAAAACAAUUAAAUGAUUUAAGAAUUCAAUCUUAUGCAAAUAAUACAAUUAAUGGUGAUACUAAACAAAUAAAAGCAUGUGAUAAGAUUGAAAAUAAAGAUAAAGUUGAAUAUCUUCAAUAUGAAUUACAACGAUAUGAAACCUAUGCUGAUCGAUUACGAAGACAUUUUGAACAAUUACAAUUAGAUCAUUCAUCUCUUAAUUUGAAUAUUAAUGAAAAUCAACAACAUCAUAGUUUUAUUGGACCUAUUGAAUCAUUAUCAGGUGUAAAUAAUCCUCAACAAUCAUCAUCAGUUAGUUACAAAAAAAGCUCUCAAUCAGCAAAUAUAGCAUUAGUUAAUGCUAAUCGCUAUAGUUAUAUGAUGGCCGUUAAUACAAAUCCUUUAACGAUGAAAGAACAUCGUUUAUAA